GAAGUCAGCAAAGUUAUAUUUUAACCAGACUGGUAGAUCUCGUCGUCAGGAUGAUCUAUUAAGUGCCAUCCAGUUUAAAAAAAACUUUUGGCAGCAAAAACUGUUGUUUAAAGAAUUUUGGAUUGGACUAGAAAAACAAAGCAAUGAACGCUGGUCUUGGACAGACAAUUCGCCUUUUGACUUCAAACAGUGGGGCUUCAUGCAGCCCGAUAAUUGUUGCGGUACCAAUGUUAAAUGGCAUUGGUUUGACGUUAGCUGCGGUUUGACACAUGGAUUUCUGUGCAAAUACAAUCCCCUAUGUAGGAGAUAUUGCGCCUACCAGUAUAGACAAGUGUUAUAA